CGAAACCUGAGGACCUCAUCCAACAGGAGAGCAUCCACCAGGAGAGUCUCCACCAGGAGAGCCUCCACCAGGAGAGCCUCCACCAGGAGGGUCUCCAACAGGAGAGCCUCCACCAGGAGAGUCUCCAACAGAGGGGCCUCCACCAGGAGGGUCUCCACCAGGAGACUCUCCACCAAGAGACUCCACCCGGAGGGACUCCAAGCAGAGAGACCGGACGGGACUAGCAAGAAGAGACUCCAACACAUGGUAAUCAUGGUUUACCUAAGCAGCCCUCUGAUCAGGAGACACCUGGUAACAGACAGCGGUGAGAGACUCCAACCAGAGGGACUCCAACAGGAGAGACUCCAACCAGAGGGUCUCCACCAGGAGGGUCUCCACCAGGAGGGUGAGAUGGUGAGGACACCGGGGGUCUUGGAGGCUGAGGAGGAGGCGUUAGAAGAGUUUGCGUCCACCUCAGGGCUGUCAGCCCUGAACCAAGGCCACACCUCCCCUACACACAUGGAAACCAACACCGAGCCUGGGGUGAAGGCCUUAGGGACUGUGACAGCCAGGCUACCUCCGAGACCAGACAGGACAUCCAAGAAGAGCCUGAAACAAAUGGUCAUUGUCCUCUACCUAAGCUGUCCUUUGUUGGGCAGACACCUGUACAAAGACAGCGGUGACCUGGAGAUGCCAGCUGACCACGGCAACCAGCACGUUGUCGUCCGUCAACAUCCCAUUGACGCCGUGAUUGUCGAUCCUCAACCAGGAUCAACAGGCAGCCACCGCCCUGCCAGGUGUAGUAGAGAUCGAGGAGAAACCUUUUGUCUUUAUGGGCUGUACAGAACCUGUGGCCCCCCCGAACAACUCGGAAAUCUCGGACAUGCAUGACGAAGAAGGGGAGGAACCCAUACAGUAGCCCAUAGGAAAGAGCCUCGGGUGGAGAUUCCGCAAUUGGCUCAGUGUGGUGAAGGAGAACGAGCCCAACCAUAAGAGGAACGCCAGAACCUACCUGAAGGAGGACACGGAGGAACACCUCAUCUCCAGCAAAGCUUAUAAACGUCAGGCAGCUUUGCUCAGUACAAAGCUCUCGAUGGCUGAAGGAGAGCAGAUGAGGAUGAAGAUCCACCGGGCUGAACGCCGGCAGCAGAAGGUGGCUCAGAGGCUGAAGGAGGAGCAGCGCUACUAGCAGUGGGCUGCUGAAGUGGGCCUCAGCGAUGCAGGAGAGGGGCCAGCAGACGGGCCUAAGAAAAGGAUGACCAGAUUGCAGAAGUUGUCUUUAGGAUUGGUCGCCCUGUGCCAAUAAGCCGAUCCCCUCCAUCCGGCCAACCCCGGUGCGGGUCACCUGUACAUAUAUACAUAGAAGCAUAAUAAAAUUCAAAGAAAUACAAAAGAAUACAAGACAAUACAAGACCGGACAGCUGGAAGAACCAACAUUAUGUUUUCUUAUGUCAUACUGUGUAUUAUACUUUUUUAUUCAACUGUAAUAAUUGUAUUAAAUGACAUUAAUAUCAAAUAAAAAUUUC